AGAUGGUAUUUUGCAUUUUAACAUAUGCAGCUACACUAUUAGGCAAAUCGGCAAAAAAUAAACAAAAUAUUGUAAAAUUUCUUUAACUAUUGAAGUAAAUCCCUUUAAAAUGGUUUACAUACACUUUCCCAACAAUCUUACCGAAGAGGAGCAGAUGCUACAGGCGAAGUACCAAAAGCUCAAGAAAAAGAAAAAGGCACUGCAGGCUCACAAGGCUCCCAAACCGGAACCGGAGAGCUCUCUGACUUUGAAGCGUCCUGCUGAUGCUCGAGAUGCACGUGAAGUGGCCAGGAAGCUUAUUAAGAGCGGUGCCAUUCCCGCCAUUCAAAAGCAGCAGACCAAGCAGGACCAGACGUCAUUCAAGCGCCCCAAAGGACAGGAGCGGGCUAAGCGUUCCACUUCGGAGACCACCGUGGCCUCCUAUCAGCCCUUCUCGUCCACCCAGAACGAUGUCGCACAGGAAACCAUAAUAAGUGAGAUCAUUAAGGAGGAGCCGCGCCGGCAGAAUCUCUACCAGCACUUUGCCACCGAGCGAGAUCGCGAAGAGCGUGGCUUAGUUGAAAAAUCUCCGAUGGACUCGGCCCAGCCCGAAAAGCCGCGUGCCGGCAAUACUAUAUUCGUGUCUGGCAACAAGGUAACCGAGGAUUUCUUGAAGAAAACCUUCAACGACUAUGGAACCAUUGUAAAUGUUUCCAUGGAGAUUGAAAAGAGUCGUGGCUUUGUUUCGUUUGCCAAACCGGAAUCAGCAGACCGGGCCAUUGCCGAAAUGCAUGGCAAAAAUGUGAAUGGAAUCAACUUGCAAGUACAGCUGGCUAGACGUCAGCCCCAAAUCGAAGCCAUAAACGAUGCUUCUUCCUCUGCAGUUUGGUCAUCCAUUGCCGCCAGCAAAUCCCAAAAGGGCAGUCACAAGGACCACCGCGAGAUGGUUCACUACAACGAGGACUUUUUGCUAUAAAGGACUUUCCAUACGCAGUAGAUCGUACAUUAAUUUUAAGUUAUGUUUUCCCAUCUUCCCCGAUUAAAACACGUUUACCCUUUAUUAUUUUA